AUGGAAAAGGAUUUGGACUCACUUUGGGACACAGCAGAGGACUUUAUUGCGGACGGGCGGCGGACGGAAGCACGGGGAGUGCUUGAAGACAUUGUCUCGACGGAUGUCACGGCGGAUGACGCAAUUGGUCUCCGAGCAAAGGAGCGCGCGAUUUAUCGCCUGGCGGAGAUUCUUAGCGUGGAGAAGCAAACUGACAUGCUUGUGCAACUCUUGUCUGCCAUUCGGUCUUUCUUUGCUCUGCUUCCCAAGGCGAAGGCAACUCGCAUGGUGCGCAAGAUGUUCGAUCUAAUUCUCAACAGUGGAGCGUCACUUGACCGGCAGAUGGAAGUGUGCCGCGACAUGAUCGCGUGGGCCCGUCAGGAGAAACGUACUUUUCUCCGGCAGCGGCUCCAGCACCGCCUUGCAGAAGUGCAAUUUGCGCGCAAUGAACGGCAGGAGGCUCUCACGACGCUUCAGGCGCUGCUGCGAGAGGUCCGUCGUCUUGAUGACAGAGCUCUUCUGCUUGAUAUUCACCUACUAGAGAGUCACAUCUACUAUUCCAUUCGCAAUAUUUCACGUGCUCGUGCAGCCCUUGUGGCGGCACGAACUAAUGCGAACAGCAUAUAUUGCCCGCCGCUGGCUCAAGCGGAAAUUGACCUGCAAAGUGGCGUCCUGCAUGCCGAAGAGCAUGACGCGAAGACGGCUUUUUCUUACUUGUAUGAGGCUUUCGAGGGCUUCCACCAGUUAGGUGACCAAGCGCGGCAAGCACGUAAAGCACUACAUUAUAUGAUUCUCGCUAAGAUUGCCACUAAUAGCCCGGAUGAGCUUUCUGCGCUGCUGAGCUCAAAGAAUGUGCUGGAAUACAAAGGAGCUGAUAUGGUCGCUCUCCAUGGCGUCGCGGAUGCAUACAACAGCCAGGACACACACCUAUUCAAUCGCAUCAUGCAAGAAAAUAAGAACGCGCCAUUUCUUGAGGACGAAGUGCUUCAGCGUCAGCUCUCUGAGAUGUAUAAGAGUCUGCUUGAGGGACACCUGCUGAAGCUGUUGGAGCCGUACAGCCGAGUGCAGAUAUCAUAUCUUGCGGAGCUUCUGAAGCUUGAUGUGGAAACCGUGGAGUCACAGGUGUCCCAGCUCAUCCUUGACAAGAAGCUGGCAGGGAUCGUGGACCAGCAGCAUCAGUGCGUGGUAGUUUUCGAUGAACAAGACGCGAAGCGAGAAAAAGCCAAGCAGAAGGGAGAUGGCACUUCUGAUGGGUCUCACGGUGUUUCCCACAGCAGCGCAUACCAUAGUGGUGGCACCGGAACCAGCGGAAGUGGAGAUGUCACAUCCGCCACGACUCUUUAUCAGGAUGCGCUGGAUGCACUGGAAAAGUACGAUAAGUUGGUAACGGCGUUGUUCGACAAGGCAAAUGGUAAGUUCGACGCGCUUGUGGAAGAGAACUUGGCAAAGCGCACUGCUGCCAAACAGGUGGAUGCGAAGGGUAAGAAAGCGAAAGAUGAGGCAGGGAGCGGAGCGGAGAAGGGUGACGGGAAAAAACCGAAAAGUGAGCCGAAGAAGGAAUAA